CUCCGUCCGAAUGGUGAGCGUGAUAUGACCACCUCCUUGGUCUUGAAUCCUCGCUGGGCGGACACGGUUAUGUUUGUGUAUGAAAACAACUUGGAUGAGCUGAACAAGAACAUGGAGGGUCUGGUUGGUAGCGGAAAUUUCGCGGCCAACCAGUGCAGGAAUCUGAUGGCCCACUCCGCUCUGGGGGGUCACCCCUCUAGCCUGGUGCACAGCUCCGGCUACUCCGCGGUGGAUGUAUCGGGCUCAAGCUCCGGGGAACCAGGCAAACAGUGCACACCAUGCCCCGCGGUCCCUCAAGGCUCCUCCACAGGUCCAUUACCCUAUGGGUACUUUGGCAACGGCUAUUAUCCCUGCAGAAUGGGGCGGGGUUCGCUCAAGUCCUGCACCCAGCCCAGCGCGCUCAGCUACUCUGCGGAAAAAUACAUGGACACCCCGGUCACGUCUGAAGAAUACCCGAGCCGGGCUAAAGAAUUCGCGUUUUACCACGGAUACCCAAGUCCCUACCAGUCCAUGGCAAGCUACCUGGACGUGUCGGUGGUGCAGACUCUCGGGACAGGAGAGCCCCGUCACGACACGCUGCUUCCAAUGGACAGCUAUCAGCCGUGGGCACUGACGAAUGGCUGGGGCGGCCAGAUGUACUGCUCCAAGGACCAGAGUCAAGCCGGACACCUUUGGAAAUCUGCGUUGGCAGGUAAAAACAUAUGUUCUGCACACUGUCUUAGUACAUUAUUAGACUACUGUAAUGGGACACAUUGUGACACGGGUUGGAUAACCUAUAUGAGGCUAAAUUAAUUCAGGGGUUUUCUAAUGCAUGAUUACGCAAUUUAAUUACCCUUCAUUUUGUGCAUUAAUCGCAAGCCAUCGAAUAAAUUACGAUUUUCAAUCCCUUAUUCUAUCGAAUGUUUGGGCUGAAUAUUGGAUUUUAAUAUGUGUCUCGGUAUAGGCACGCACGUUCAUAUGAGCGACCAUUUUGGUCGUUGUAGUCUUCACCGUUUUCUGAGUUUAUGAAUACCUCAUUGUAGUGUUAAUGCUUCAAUAUGUAGGCAGAUAUACACUGCCGUUUCUCAAAAACUUAGCAUGGGUUAUCCCUUGCAAUGAGAAAGACUGAAUUAUAUAAUUAAAUGCAAAUUUUUUAGACUCCAGUUUCUCUUUGUUGUCCAUUACAGAUGUAGUGGCCCACCAACACGAUGGCAACUCCUUUCGUCGCGGUAGAAAGAAAAGGAUACCGUACACCAAGGUGCAGCUAAAGGAACUGGAAAAAGAGUAUGCCGCCAACAAAUUCAUCACGAAAGAUAAGAGGAGAAAGAUUUCAGCAGGAACCAACUUGUCGGAAAGGCAGAUUACGAUCUGGUUUCAAAACAGGAGAGUUAAAGAGAAGAAGUUCGUGGCCAAAGUCAAGACCAGUGCGCCGUAGACAGCCAGGCUUGAGCAAGACGAUUUGGACGAGGGACAUUGUUUUUGGUGUAUGAACAAAAAAUGAAGGAAAGAAAACGUCGACGUGGUACCUUUUUUGGAUUGGGAUUUGGUGUGCUAUUUUGCCUGCGCAAUUGCAUCGCCGAUUCGUCUUUUGAAAAGAAGAAAUAAAACAAGAACCAAGCCCUCUAAAGACAAUGUUUUAGGGGCCUGUAAAUACAGCACUUGCCUGCUUUAAUGUAACACUUACGUCUGCUUAACUGUUUAACUCGUGCUAUACAUGGAGGUAUAUAUAGGCUAUAUGUUAGGUAUGUCAAUGUUGUUACUGCAGUAGAAUAGGAAACGUAUUAUGCAAUCAUAUUCCCAAUCUAUACUGUUUAUAACGCUUGUAAAACAGUACUUAUAAAAAUAUAGCGUAAUGCUUAAUAAAUUGUUUUAAUCCCAG